AUGAGUCUGAGGAGUAAUGUAUUUUUACUGUGUACUGUUUUUUUUUUUGUAUGCUUGGCAAAUUUGAGCUUGCACUCCCGUUACCCAAACAUUGAAAAACUUACAAAAAUAGAUGGAGAAUUUUACGUGAACAGUCCAUAGUGCAAGAUGCCCAAAAUGGAUCCCUUUUCGCAAGACAUAAUGAAGUUCUUUAAGCGCAAGAAGUUUAAGGAAUGUAGCACCGAUAAUGAUUUGGUUAUCAGCGAGUUCGAUCCGAAACUAAGACAAUACAGAAUCCAUAUUGAUGAGAACAUUGCUGACAAGCUUUUGAAAAAGGUUGUGAAUGCGACAAUUAAGUGUGAAUACCAUGUAAUAGGUCGAAACAAAAGCGCUUCUAUUCCGGAUAAUGACUUUAGUUUUUCCGGUCCUAAGCCCUUAAUCAAAUCCUUACUGAUACCAAAGGACAUAGACUCUAUUGACGUUCAAUGCCUUGCCGUAAAUGCUAAGAAAGAAUUGGAACUCCUUCAAAAGGAUGCCUUCCUGUUUGUGCAGGAUCGAUUGGAUAAUAAAACUGACAAUCUAGGAGGCGGUCGUGGAGAUGAGGAAUCCAAGCCAAAUCCCAGUGUGAUUAUUAUGGGUCUGGACUCCACAUCCCGCAUGAACUUUCGGCGUGCCAUGCCAAAGGUCUCGAACUAUGUGGAUCAAGAGGGAUGGUUCGAGAUGCAGGGAUACAACAAGGUGGGCGACAACACUUUACCCAAUAUGUUGGCCGUACUUGCGGGAACUUCGAGGGAACAGGUGAGAAAGCAUUGCGGUCUAAGCUAUCGAGGUUGCCUGGACGAAGUCAACUUUAUCUGGAAGCGUUACAAAAAAGAGGGCUAUACAACAGCUUUCGCCGAGGACUGUGAGUACAUGAGCACUUUCAACUAUGGAGCAGCUGGAUUUGUGCACAAGCCAGUGGAUUACUAUCUAAGACCCUUUCUAUAUGCCGCCGAGGCAACUCUAAAGUUGACUUCAUAUUUUAGCGCGGCCUAUUGUGUUGGCCGUCAUUUGAGUUUUAAAUAUGUCUGGGAUUUUGGUCAGCAAUUCAUCAAGCGAUUUCUGAACGAGGCUCCCAUGUUUGGCUUACUCUGGAGCAAUAGUUUUACCCAUAACUCCAUGACGGGAGCCACAGCUUUGGAUAGUACUUUCAAGGAGUAUUUGGACAACUUUCAGCAACUGGGACUAUUCAAUCGAUCGGUGGUGAUUUUCAUGAGUGACCAUGGAGAUCGGUAUAACUCUCUUAGAAGGAAAGCUUCGGGGUUUCUCGAAGAGCGUCUGCCCAUGAUUUUUAUUUAUGUGCCGCCGUGGUUUAGGGAGAAAUAUCCCCAGUAUGUGGAAAGUCUGAAGAACAAUCGCAAUCGACUUUCCUCGAACUACGAUCUGCACAUGACUUUGCACCAUCUACUUCAAUUGAACACUGCAUCCAUGGCUGACUUCGAUCCCAAUCUCCAGGCGGUUAAGUGUAAAACUUGUCAAUCACUCUUCUUUGACCUACCAGUAAAUCGAACUUGCUCCGAAGCGGGCAUUGAUGAAAAAUGGUGCACUUGUCACCCACCCGAAAAAGUCAACGAUCCUAAAUUAAUCAAAGAAAUUGGCCAGGCCAUAGUGGAUGGCUUAAACAAACACUUUCUGGAAAAGAAAGUCUCAGACAUUUGUCACACAUUUAAAUUGGGUCACGUCCGACACGCAUACCGAAAGAUUAUCCUGGCAACUGAAUACAAACCCACGGAUCCGGAUGAGCAAAUCUAUACACUCGAGUUUUGGGCCAUUCCCAGAGGAUUGUUUGAGGCCACAGUGGGAUGGAACAUGAGAACUAAAGUGCUGACCAUGAAUGUGGACGAGUUGAGCAGGUUGAACAGCUACGAAAAGGAUUCUAGGUGUGUGGAAGAGGCACAAAUGAAAAAGUACUGCGUUUGCCAUUAGUCAAAUAACAAAAACUGUUAAUAAAUUGUACCCUUAAAUAAGUACACAAAUGAAAAAAGAUAUAGUAAAAUUAAAUAGCUGACUAUUAACUUUA